UGUAACUUGUACUUGUUCCCUCCAAUCAUUUUCCUCCGUUUUCUCUUUUCUUUUCUUUUCUUUUCUUUUUUCCGGGAAAAUCACUGUCACCUCUUUGCUUGCUCUGCUUCUCCGGCGGCACAAGAAGAGGGAGGAAGUUCAGCUUCGAAAGGAAAUAAAAAAACAAGAAACAAUUAAUCUCUGCUUUUACGAAAGCUCUUCACUUUCCAUUCAAAUUUCCUCUGAUCAUCACUCUUCUCCAUGAAUUGUUGAAGGAAGUGAUUGGAUUGGAUGGACAAACAUUCUGGGGAUUCUGCGCCAGCUCAUGGUGCACCAGCUGUUUUUAUAGGUUCAUCUGGGAUUUCCUCACUUAGUGUUGGUAGAAAGGUGGGAAGCAGUGCAUGGGGAAUACCACGCGGCACUGCUGCAUUUCAUGCAUCAAGUGACACUAGCUUGUUCUCCAGUUCGCUUCCUGUUAUUGGGCAUGAAAAGUUAAAUUUGACUGGUUCGGGGCAUUAUGAUCGAUCUGCUGAUGAUAACUGGCCAAGAUUAGGGAAAGUUCAUAAAGAUGAUGUGGGGCAAGAUGCACUUGAAGAUAUAGAAACAAAAGCAGCUGGAAAGAUGCUUCCUGAUGAUGAAGAUGAAUUGUUAGCCGGGAUAAUGGAAGAUUUCGACCUUACCAGGUUGCCGAGCCAGCUAGAGGAUCUGGAUGAGAAUGAUCUUUUUGGAAGUGUAGGAGGCUUUGAAAUGGAUUUUGAAUCCCAAGAGAGCCUUGGUAUUGGUAUAUCAAAGAUGAGCUUAUCCGAUGGAGUUCCUUCAACGGCUAUCGGUCAAUAUGCUGCACUGCCAAAUGGCGUUGGAGCAGUGGCCGGGGAGCAUCCUUAUGGAGAGCAUCCAUCAAGGACCUUGUUUGUGAGGAACAUCAACAGUAAUGUGGAGGAUUCUGAAUUAAGAUUGCUAUUUGAGCAAUAUGGGGAUAUCAGAACAUUAUACACUGCUUGCAAGCAUAGGGGUUUUGUAAUGAUAUCUUACUAUGACAUUCGAGCUGCUCGCACAGCAAUGCGUGCUUUGCAGAACAAGCCUUUGAGAAGAAGAAAACUUGAUAUUCAUUUUUCAAUUCCUAAGGAUAACCCUUCUGAAAAGGAUAUCAACCAAGGAACACUUGUAGUAUUCAAUUUGGAUCCAUCAGUAUCAAAUGAUGAUCUUCGCCAAAUAUUUGGGGCUUAUGGAGAAGUCAAGGAGAUUAGGGAAACACCACAUAAAAGACACCAUAAAUUUAUCGAGUUUUAUGAUGUUAGAGCAGCAGAGGCUGCUCUUAAAGCAUUGAAUAGAAGUGAUAUUGCUGGAAAACGUAUCAAACUUGAACCCAGCCGUCCCGGUGGAGCACGUCGAAACUUGAUGCAACAAUUGAGUCAAGAGCUAGAGCAAGAUGAUGCUCGAACUUUCAGACAUCAUGUGGGUUCACCUGUAGCUAGUUCACCUCCCGGUAACUGGGCACAAUUUGGUAGCCCGGUUGAACAUAGUCCAGGUUUGAAUAUUGGGAGCCCAAUGAAUACCAACCAAAUGUCUGGAUUGGCUGCAAUUCUUUCGCCACAUGCAUCAACCUCUUCAAAGAUUGCACCAAUUGGAAAAGACCCUGGAAGAACUAAUAAUCCAAAUCCGAUAUUCGGAAGCUCUGGACCAAUACAAGGAGCUGGCUUUCAGCAUUCUAUGUCCUUCCCUGACCAAAAAGUAACUGCAAGUCCUAGGCCUAUAUCUACUGUUGGCGAAUCAAGUUCGAGUUCUUCGAGUAUUGGAAUGUUGUCUGGUCCUCAAUUUUUGUGGGGAAGUCCAACUACCUACUCAGAACAUUCAAACACAUCUGCUUGGUCUUCAUCAUCUCAGGGGCUUCCAUUUAAUUCUAGUGGACAAAGGCAGGGUUUCCCUUAUACUAGUCGGCACAAUUCUUUUCUUGGUUCUCACCUCCAUCACCAUGUUGGUUCUGCUCCAUCUGGUCUUACUUUCGAUAGGCAGUUUAGCUACUUUCCCGAGUCACAUGAAACUUCAAUCAAGAGCUCAAAUGCAUUUGGGAGUUUAAAUCAUGGUGAUGGGAAUUUCUUGAUGAACAUGGGUCCUCAUGCCUCUCUAGGAGCUGGUGUUGGCCUUUCAGGAAAUGCAACCGAAAUUGGUUCACCUAAUUUCAGAAUGAUGUCACCACUGCCUAGACUUGGUUCAUUGUUCCUUGGAAAUGGUUCAUAUUCUGGACUAGGAGCAGCCAACUCUGAGUUGUUAACUGAACGUGGUAGAACUAGGCGACCUGAUAAUAAUGGGAACCAAAUUGAUGGCAAGAAGCAGUACCAGCUUGAUCUGGACAAAAUUAUGAGCGGGGAAGACACAAGGACUACAUUAAUGAUUAAAAACAUUCCUAAUAAGUACACUUCAAAGAUGCUCCUUGCUGCAAUUGAUGAGGAUCACAUGGGAAGCUAUGACUUUUUGUAUUUGCCGAUUGACUUUAAGAACAAGUGUAAUGUGGGCUAUGCUUUCAUCAAUAUGGUGUCUCCUUCACACAUCAUCCCCUUCUAUAAGGCAUUUAAUGGGAAGAAGUGGGAAAAGUUCAACAGUGAAAAAGUUGCUUCACUAGCUUAUGCGCGAAUCCAAGGAAAGGGUGCACUUGUGACACAUUUUCAGAAUUCAAGCCUAAUGAAUGAGGAUAAACGGUGUCGGCCAAUUCUCUUCCAUUCAGAGGGCCAAGAGAUUGGUGACCAGGAACAUUUCCUCUCAAGCAAUUUGAAUAUAUGUAUUCGUCAACCGGAUGGGUCUUACUCAGGUGAUUUGUUGGAGAGCCCGAAGGGCAAUUCGGAUGAAAACUAGAGAAAUAUUAACUAAGAUAUUAUGUUCCUAGCCAAUAAUAAAUGUGGUUCUAGGAGUGCUAACUAGUGCAUAGCUAAUCAUCAUAAGGUGUACAAAGCUAAUUCGUCGAAAUAGGUGGAAAGAAGUGUUUACAAGACUAAGGGUUUGUUCGCGAGUUUGAGUUUUGGAGGGAAAGGGAGGGAAUGGAUUGAAGGUUUUGAAGAAUAAAAUGGACUUGUCUUUAUACUUCAAACACACCCUUUCCUUCCUUUCCUCUCUAAAACUUCAGCUCGCAAACAUACCCUAAGAAAAGGAAUUCUAAUAUGUUAAUUGUUCGUAACGAUGAUCGAAAUCGAAGAAGAAGAAGAGAAGUUUGUUAAUGUGUAGAUAGGAAUUGUCAUUUAACCGGCGGAAGAGAAUAACCAUGCAUGCCAGAUUGUGCAGGAUGACUACUCAGUUUGGGAUUUGUUAUUUGUUUUCUUUUUUGGCCAUCCUUUUGCUGUGGUAUGCAAAAUGUGAUUAAUGUUCAUAUGGGUUGGGAGGGAAGAUUUUCAGAUGAAAAAGAUAAGUUGUGUAUAGAAGGGAUGUAAUUAACUAUUCUGUGUCCACUGUUGUCAUGUAACAAAAACAAUGUUGAAUAAUGACUUGUAUAUAUAAUUGUAUUUAUUUCAGAAA